AUAACACCCAUUUCCUUCACCGGUUGAUCCGCGAGUGUUGUACACACUACGACUUCUUUACAUCAGAUGGCUUCACCUACGAGCUGCAUCAUAUUUAUAGGAUACAUCAUAGGACUUUUUAUCGGGAAACAAGUUGCUGCACAGAGGGACAGCUACAUCGGGUACGGCUACCAGUCGGAAGUGCCACCCUACGUUAAUACAAGAUCGCAGUAUCACGAACCUUACCACCAGGGAAACGGAUACCACGUCUCCCACGUCCCGUCAGCACUAACCUUCGGGAGCAAUGGCUUGUUACACCAGCCCAGUCCAACUAAUCACUACCCAGCAGCAUAUCAACAGACGUCGCCGGCAGUGCAGGCGACGUCAUUCAUUGAAAGCAGAUCAUCGGCCAUCCAUACAUCGUCGUCGUUCCAACACUCUUGGCAGAAGAGGUCUGGGGAACCUCUCCAGACAUCGUCGCAAAGACAGCACUCCACGAGACAGGAAGCCCAAGUCAAUAGGACGGCGGCGUUCAUUCCUGCAUUCGGCGAAGACAUAUCGAGGAACAAAUCAUUCGAAAGGCUAGUCAAGAACGACGCGUCUUUUUUUCGGGAGAAUAGAACCAUACCCGAUCAGGGCGAGGAUGUCCAGGAGCCAAGAUUCGGAGCAGACGCGGUUGGCCAUGGCAGCUCGUGGAACUCCAGACCUCAGUACGGUCAAUACGUGGACAGUAACGUUGGAAAUCAUGCACUAAGGCCGGGACACGAAGUAGGAUCUACGCUUUAUGCAGCUGGCGAGGGCGAAGAGUACAGGCCACCGUCAAACAAAAGAGGAAGAGUUCCUAGAGAACCACCGUGGGCUCGUGAAGGUGGCUGGAUACCGCCCGGGCACCGACCGGGAGGUCCCGGCCAGGGAAAGAAACGCGGCCACCACAAGCAUGGCAAUGGCCGUAGACCCCCCGGAAGACCAGUCUUCGAGGAGAAUUACCCCGAUGAGUUCGACAUCUCUACACCGCAUCACAAUGAACGCCCACGUCCUCAGAGACCACCUUCGAGACCGGAAUACCCCGAAGACUCAUACCCCACGUACCCUGAAGAACGACCUCACCGACCAAAGCCUCCGGUAAGGCCUACCACAAGACCGGUGUACCCUGAAGAGCCCUAUCCUCAAGACCCGUACCCCGAGGAACAUUACCCGGAAACGACGCCCCCGCCUCAACGUCCGCGUCCUCGACCACCGCCCGAAGAACACGUGCGUCCUGUACACCCGCGGCCACAGCCAACGGAACCUCCAAAAAUACCACAUGAUCCAACAUAUGAAGAGGACACUACAGACUUGAGGGAACUACAGCCGUUGUGCGGCGUCCGGAGCCUCACGUUCGCGAAGAACAAGUCCAGUGACUACCAGACGGUGCCUUUCAUCGUUGGCGGCAACAUUACGCAGCAUAGCAGCUGGCCUUGGAUGGCGAAACUUCAAGUGAUCAAUCCAGACGAAGUGAGCUACAGGUUCAUCUGCGGAGGCAGCCUCAUAACUGCACGAUACAUAUUAACUGCCGCGCACUGUUUCAGUCCAGUGCCAGAGCGUGUACAGAACUACAAGAUCGAGUUCUUCUCGCCGAGAGUUGGCCAAACGCUGGAACGUAACGUGGAGAAGAUUGUGAUGCACGAGAAAUAUUCCAGUUAUUCGCACUACUACGACAUCGCGGCCAUACGAUUCGACCGUGACCUGCUCAGACCUUUCAUGCCGAUCUGCCUCCCACAGAACACCCCAGCGUCCAGGCAGUUGACAAACAAGAUGGCUCACGUCAUCGGAUGGGGAUCCACCAAGUUUGGUGGUCCCAGUAGCCAAGAGCUGCGAGACGCGGAGAUCCCGAUAUGGGAUAACGGCGAGUGCGGUCGGGUGUUCAACCCACUACAGUCGCAGCACAUAGAUAAAGGAAUCGUCGAUGCACAGUUGUGCGCUGGAAAGAAAGAAGGGGGCGCCGAUGCAUGUCAGGGUGACUCUGGAGGUCCUCUGAUGUACCUGGACGAUACCCGAAAGUGGACGCUAGUGGGCAUCGUCUCGUUUGGCCACUCUUGUGCCCAGCCGGGAUACCCGGGCGUCUACACCAGAAUCCCCUCGUACAUGGAGUGGAUCGGAACGCACGUCGAUUUCAAUGCGUGAUCGAGACGUGUAGAAACUACGGUUCUCCGUGACACCUCGUUGUCGUCUUGAUCUCAGUGGCAACAGUGAAAUCGGUGAAGCCAUCAUCACGACUCUUUGUGACAUGCGAAGGCCAGGCGGGACCAUCGUCAUCGUGGAUGCCCAUUUCUGCCGCAGGAUGGGGAGCAUGCUGGUGGGUUGUAGAGCAUAGUGACCGCUGCUGACUGUGGUUAAUCGAGGUUUCAAGCCAUCGGGGGUGAUCUGCGAGUGGGGGACGUGUAGAUAUUUUACGGACGUGUUGGAUGAAAGAAAGAAGACAAAGUGGACAUGCGAGGUAUAGUGACCAACUAUCCAGCUUUGACUCUGUGGUCGUUACAAUACAUGACAUUCUCGGGUAAACAUAAACAUUAACCCGUCACAACUUCUGGUGCCACGAAGACUUCCGGUCCUUCCGCGACUCAUAGACGCUCGGUACCAGUCACCAUGCAGAAUGAUAUUUUUCACUUCCCUGAUUUGCUGAAAACGGGAGGCGUACGCCUCUUUGUGGCAAUUUCAAUUGCCAUAGAAAGGCCAUUAGGCCCCAUAGAAAGGCCCCCUCUCUCCUCAAAUCAGAAACGAUAACUGUAUCACUCGGCAUAGCAGUCGGCGCAGAGCGUGUUUGCUGCGAAACCGGAUGUCGUUUUGGCAACAAACCGGAAGUGGUGCAGAAAGGCAUGUAUACAGCAGCGGGACACAGGCUUGCAUGUUUAUCGCGGUGUUUUAUACUGCUUGCUGAAGUUCAUGCUAUACAGACUGUGUGGAGCAUGGUGUAAUGGCAUGAUCGAUGACCUGACCUCAACUGCCGGUUGUUUUCUUUCAUCGACAAUCACCCGUUAAUCAAAAUAUGCGUCUGGGCGUGCUGAUGCUUCUACUGUUGUGUUCGUCUUUCCUUUCUUUGUUGUUUUUUGUUUACUGGCCUCAUCUGCUACAUUAGAUUAUCGGGUUACGAGAAAACAAUGUGAAGGGGCCCAAGCAGUGUAUAGGAUCGACUACACCAGCAGGAUUACGGGAAGUCGGGGAUUGCCAAGCGCCCUGGAGAAGGUGGACAUGUGACACCUCGACAUAGUGAAAGACAUAUGCUGCUCUAAAACCGGAGCUUCUCCGCGUAUCACGCUGUGCGCCAACCAUUGCUUCUGAUUCGAACAGGGAGGUCGCCUUUCUGUGUCAAUCACCAUAUAUCCGAAUUGGCACAGAAAGGCGUACACUCCUCUCUCUCUCUUUCUCUCUCUCUCUCUCUCGAGUGAUUGAUACGCCUUUGAUUGAAUCACCACUGAUACAAGUGAUUCCACAAGUGAAAGACGCUACGGGAGCAUAUUCAACCCCCUUAUACCUACGACAAAAUUUCAAGCGGGCAGCAGAUUGCAUGGGAUACUGCGCAUAUAUCUUCCUUCGUCGCUUCUUUUAUUAACGAUAACUGUAAGCUGCUGAGGCCGCGUCACAAUAGAAUUAGCUCGUCUUAUAAGUUUCAAUAUUUCAUCGGCAUUUUAAUAUUUUCUGAGUUGGAACACGUGACCUUCGUGCGCCUACCUCUACACUGAAAUACACGUGACACAUGAAGUGACACAUGAUCAUGUCACAUUUUGUGGAUGCUGAGGUCACUGGUCGAUGUUCAAUACGGUAAGUAGCGACCGAAGAUAGCAGGAACCAUAAUUCAGAAGUAACAUCAGUAAUAUCACCGCAUAUAAGGACAAUAGACUGCUGGGGAGGGGGGCGAUCGCCUCUCGCGCAGCGCUCCCACAAAACGACUACACUCUUAAAAAUGAACUUCACCGCAUAGCGCGCUCCUAUAGCCAACCAUCAUCUCGAAUGAUAUAGUUAUCUGCCCGGAUUUGUUAAAAUAUGCCGAUUGUUAAAAUAAAAUACCGAAAAGUUACCGUGUACAACAACAUGUUUGUACAUCUUUUUUGUGACAAUUAUGAACAGCAAAAGUGUCGCAAUAAAGGCGUACGCCUCCCAUUUUCAACAAAUCUCUGCAGGUGUCAUUCGAGAUGAUGGCUGGCUAGGAGGGCGUUAUGCGGAGAAGUUCACUUUUAAGCGUGUACGGCCGUUUCUCUUCCGUAAAUAGGGUAUUUUAACAAAACGCAGAAGUUUCGCGAUAACAUUUAAAAAAAAAAAAACACGAUAAGCCAAAUGUCUGAUUCUCCUUUGGAGUGGCUGACACAUCACUUGCUGAUAUCUGAUUGACCGACAGCAGUACAGAGUCGGAACCGGAAGUCGCUUCUGAUUUCCCAACACUCCCCAUUACUAUCCGUCGUGUUACAAUAUUAUUUCGUCGUAUCUCACGUGACAGCUUAGAGAUUUGUAUUGCCUCUAUUACGCCGUAUAGGCAAUUUUUUUGCCGAUGUUUCCGCGGAGGAGAGCGGAGGUAUUAUUUUACGUUUUUCGAAAGAUUUGCUGUCGUUUAGAUAGCAAAUCGCAGCUGCAGUCUUCGCAGUGAGCACAUUUUUCCGAAAAAAAUUGUGUUGCGAAAUAUGUGAGCUUCGACGACACGUAUGGUAUCGUGCCAAUGUACCUGUAUGGUCUGCAGAACAUUAUCUCGAUUUAACUCGUUACACUCUAAGAAAAAAAAAAAAAGAAUGAGUUUACUCCUUUUUGGGGGCUAAAAGCAUUACCACAAAAAAUAGUCCCUUUCGGGAGUAAAUGCACGGGAGUAAAUGAAUGUUACAGAGUGGAGACUGCAUUUCACGCGCUGUUGUAAGAGUCCCAGGUACACAAUUCGUGUGCAUGCAUGAAAAUACUUCGAAGAGAGCCGUCAACCGUGAUAUAUCGAGUGAUAUAAAAUCUUGCGCCAUACAUGGGGCACAAUCUGCGAAGAAAGAUGCGCUAACUGUUUCUUACUCCGUGUGGCUGGAAAAUUGCUACGUUGGCUGAGUUAUACAUGCCAUCAAAUUGACCAAGGGCACGUAUUUGAAUAGACUGCUGCAUUCAGGAGACCAUUCGCGAAGUUCAGUGACAAUCUGCAGUCCUGGGGAGUAAAUGUCGGGUCGAAAUGUCGGGUUAGGAGACUAAAAUGGGGAAUAAUUGCACUCUAGGGGAGUAGAAGCUGCAAUUACUCCCUGUUUCACUCCUUUUUUUCUUUGACUGUAUCAUAGCAACACAGCAGGGUAGUUGUUGCGUUUCGACGUUGCAGUGAUUCUGUGUAUCGUGUACGUGUCUCGUUUUCUGUGUAAUUCCAUCCCGUCUUCUUUCCGCGUCAACGUCUACGUCUGUUAACACAGAUUUGUGUCAAACAGGAAACAAAAAUUGAGAGACGGUUAACGCAUGGAUUUAACACGAAUUAGCAGCGGGAGCUGCUGAGUGGUGUUGUAGACACUUUCGUCAGUACAUUGUUGACAAGUGGCGAUUAAAGAAUUUUACAACAGAGUG